AUGAAAGCUCAGCGGAGGCGGGCCUCACGGCGUCGUGGCUCCCAGCUACCGGUGCCCCGUUGGCCGGCACCGGGGAUGUGUCUCCUGCUCGGGGCUGCGGGAGUCGGCAAGACCCUGCUGGUGAAACGCCUGCAGAAGCUGAGCUCGGGAGAUGGCAAGGGCGACCUGGGGGAUCCUCCGCCGACGCGGCCCACGGUGGGCACCAACCUCACUGACAUCGUGGCCCACAGGAAGAUCACCAUCCGAGAGCUCGGGGGUUGCAUGAGCCCCAUCUGGUCUAGUUACUAUGGAAACUGCCAUUCGCUCCUGAGACCUGCCCUGUUACAUGACCUUGGAGGAAAUAAAGUCAUUGAUCAGGCUUCCAGACAUCAUUGCUUGUGCCAAGCAGAGCAUUACCACGGCAGAAAUAAGUGCCAGGGACGGCACUGGCUUGGGAGCGGUGCUGCUGUGGCUCCAGGAGCAACACCGACAGGGAGGUUGACUGCCAGAUGGAGAAUUACGGCUGACCCACCCGGUGCCUGGGAGACAAAGAACGGCAUGACAGUCUCCAAAGGUCUGUGCUGGUAGCAGACCCACCCGGUGUCUCCCCAAGUGGUUGGGAUACAUUGUACAGACACUGGUCAUUGGCCUCUGAACAGUGCUCCCAGGACUGGGAGAAGACAGACCUCAGGAGGAUAAAGUGCUGCUGGGACUCCCUCCUGCUAGGGAACUCUGGACCUGUGCUUGAGGGCUUCAGACUGCACAGCUCCACGGAGCCCACAUCUUUUUUGUAGUGUAAGCUCUGCCCUGCUGAUGUCCUGACCAUGUUCCCCAGGGAAAGUACAAUUUUUUUAUAUUUAUAGAAUUAUUAUAUUCAUUAAAUUAAUGAAGUGAG